GUUUGGCCGAGUUAAGACGUGUGUUGGGUUUUAGCCAAUUAGAGGCGGCGAAACGUGUCCGUACGUCAUGCCAACCAAUCAGGGCGGUGUCUUAAGAAUUGCGCCAGUUUCGAUCGCAGUACAGUGACGGGUUUACUGUCCUGGUUGCCAAAAUAAUGGAGGAAGCAAGGGCGUUUCUUAAAGAAGGUGUGCUGAGGCACCUGAGCAUGUUGGAGGAAGAGUCGGUCCUCCUGGCCACACGGCAGAAAGAGGCACUGCAACAGCAGACCAGGGUAGAGGAACUGCGAUCCAAAUUAGAGAAGCUUAGGGCCCAAAGGGAUCAGCUGAGAGCCAAAGUGAAAACUACCGUGUCGCUCCAGCAGCUCACGUCUGUAGUGGACCAGGAAAAUGUCGAGCCUCAGGAAGAAAGCAGGGAGGAGAGCCUGCAGCUGUUCCAGCUGAAGGCCAGGUUGACACAAGUCAAAGACCUGCUGCGCGCCCAUCACCUCAUUGGUGGCUACGAUGUUGUGGAGACUCGCAGAGGCAAAGGGGUCUGUUUCUCGUUGGCCACGGCUUUCGAGGGCCGCUACCUGGAGACGUACAACCUGGAGGUGGACCUGGCCCGCACCAUCCGUAUAUGUCGCCACAACGUUCCGCCCUUCAUCCCACUGGAGAAGCUCGCACAGCAGAACCUCCAGGAGGACAUAAAGGCCUUCCUUGUCACACUCAGCCAGCACCUCAAUGCCUUCGCGGGCCGACAGGAGCAAGUCCGUCUGGUCAAGGAGCUUCUCCAGGGCUCAGUCCUGGUGAUGGAGACUAACUCCCUCUACAGCAUUGUGGUGCUCAUGUGCACGGUGCCAGGCCAGAAGGAAACUGAGGUUCUCCUCACACUGGAAUAUGGUGACCCGACGCAGUACCUCCCCACUCGUGUCACCUUUGAAUCUGAAGAUAAGACUUUGCUGGAGUCUCCACAGUGGAAGGAAAGCCAGUCUCUCCUUCAGCAAACCCCAGUGCACACAGCAUUACUGGCCUGGAAGAAAGAGAGGCGGAUCUGCUAACUGGGUUCCAGUGCAAGCUCUUCUGCUUCUCAAUGCGUCUGCUGGCAAUGCUGCAGGCUCCUUCUCUGUAUUUCGCAAACUCAAAGAGAGCUUGUCGGAGGAGGACGACUCCCUUUGGACUCAACAUGCUUCAGUAUCUCACGCUUUGAUCUUUGCAGUUUAUGACGUCUAUGUUUUGCAUUUAAAAAUGUCAACACAGGUAUUUACUGAAUUGUGUUAGUGUCUGUGAUGGACUUGAUCCCAGCUCUUAAGAGAAUCCUUAAAUGUACAGCUAGGGUCAGUUUUCCGUCUUAAUGCAGUAGACUGGGGGGUAUCUUGGCAAAAGGGAAAAAUAAACUUUUUGUGUUAGGUUUGUAGGAGUGCUUAGUUUCUUAGUGUUAGUUGCCCUUAAUCUGUCCCAAAUUGAUUUUAAAUGGAAUUAACAUCAUACAGACUGUCAAGGUUUUUCAGGACUGUCCUCCAUGCUGGGUAACCCACUGUUUGUUUGACUUACCCCCUCGAGUUCUUUGGGUUGACUCCCUUUCUGUGGAUCGAACUUCUUUAAGAAGGACUGUAUCCUCUGGCUCAGUUCGUUCCUCAGGAGCAGCCUCUGUCUGUCCUUCUCUAGUCUUGCAUGUCCUUCCUGGCUCUCCAGUUCCUUCCUGGAGAUGUUGUCGAUGGUAGCCAUUUCUCUCAGUUGCAUGAUAGAGAGGAGUUGGGUAUCUGUCUCAUGGUGCCUUGAGCUGGCUGUAGAUUGGGAGAAGGUCACCAUAGAUCUUGGCCUUUGGAGAUAGGUGGUUGAUGGGCUCUUUGUGCAUACCCUUGCCAACUUAGAGCGCUGUGGGCUCAUCUGGGAUCUAGCACCCUCUCGCCGUAAAGACUUGCAGGAGGUCAGCAUGUCACGUGAUGCCGACCUCGCAACCGUGAGAUCCAGAAAGCAGAGACGGCCAUUUCUCAUCGUAGAUAUUUCCGUCAUGGUUUUGUCGACGGACGCAUACGGCUCACAAGCCUGCAGGUGAAGUAACUUCCUGUGCUCCCCAACUAAGAGGUCUCUUUCCCGACUCCAUGACCUACAGACGACCUUGAACCUGUGGUUGAUGCGGUCCAGGGUUUGUUGGAGAUGAGUGUCCUCCUUCAUGUUCGAAAGCCUGGCGUCUAUAAAUGGACACUUGUGUUUUCUCAUGGUUAUGGUUUUGCAUACCUGUAAGUAAAGGAUUUAUUUUUAAAUUGUAUAACCUUCUUGACUGGUUUCAGUUUAGAGUAGUCUGAGUAACUUAUGUAUAAUUUGUGCAAGAUGAUUUCUGUUUGCUCUUUGUAAAUAAAGUACUCCUAGUGUA